UUAGAAGCAAUACGAAUCCUAUCAAUUCGCGCAUCACAUCUCAUACACUCCACACAUAUGUAUAUAUACAUAUAGUUUCUCUUUGUUCUCCCACUUUUGUGUGCUGUUUGGAUAUCUCUCUCUUUUCCAACACAGAGAGAGACAAAGGUGCAUGCUUCUCAUGGAUUCCAUCAAUUACCAUUGUGAAACAGAAAUACUCUCUAGGAUUAGGUUGCAAGAUGGUAUCAUUUUGCUUCUCUCACGUUGGCAAGCCCUUCAAAUGGCCAUAAAAAACAAAUGGGGUGGCUGUGAUUCCCUCCACAAAUCAGAUCAACUUGCUUCUCAUAUAUUCUCCUGCCUCUCCAAAUCCAAUUCACCAGUUCGUGUUGAAGAUUUAGAAAAUAUUCUCCAUGAAGCCAUGUUGCUCACAUUCAACACAGAGAUAGAAGAUGGCAGCAUUGAACAGGUAGCAGAACAGUUGAUAGCUAUCCAUGAAGAUUAGUUAUUAUGUCAAUCAUCUUAAUUGACUUAUGAAGAAAGUUUACUCAGAAAUUAAUUAGUCUUUCUUAAAGGUUGCUCUGGUCUUUGAUCUUGUUGGAGCAAGGAAAUUGAACUUAAGUGAAGAAAAUCCAUCCAAUGUACAAUUCCAAACAAGGAAAUCGUCUGGCUGGCUGAGGAAGGUUUGAUUCAAGCAAUACAAUUACAAAUGUUACUAUGAGAUCCAUUGUUGAUGUUUUGAGCAAUUUCAAGAUCUCGUAGUGACAUAAUUAGAGAUAGAAUAUUGACUAGAAGGGCACUAUGACCACUCUUUUUUUAACAUUCACUUUCUCAUUGUGUAUAAUCUAUUUGAGUUUCACCACUUUAUGUGGAUCUAUUUCUAAAGUGUAGGACUCACGAUAAAUUUACCUAAUAAAAAAGUGAGUGUUA